GUGAUCACCACUCUGAGUCACCAAUCGUGAUUGUUUGCCGUUCUGCAAGCCCCGGCUCUACACGCCAUUUGAGCCCCGUCAUAGAGCUGGCGCAACGCUUCGCCAGAAGCUCGAACGUAGCGCUCAAAGGCUUCAGUGCUCUACCCACAGGUCAGCCGGCUUGCAUCUCCACGAGUCAUAGCGAGGCAUCUAGACAACGGAAGCGCGAAGGGCCAACUUUGCGUCUCUCUGCCUUUGCUACUGUGACCGCUUCUCCGACUGAUGGGCAGACCUGCACCUGACCACCUCACCGCGCGACGUACAGCAGCUGACAUCUACUGACUCUAGACGUCAUGGCGGAAUUCAUCGCGGCGGAUUUCGCUUCAAGGACCGAGUCCGUCGAGGCGGCUGCACCGCGCCAGCCGUACCUAUCCAAGACGUCAGGAGGAGGGCAAUCCGACUUCUCAUCUGUACUGAGCGCUUGGCGAGACAUUUCGCUUCCAAGCCUGACGAGUCACCUUGCAGAGCUCUCCCCCAGCCUCGUGUCCACCCAGACCGAAGCUCUCAUCUCUCGCAAGAAGCUUGCGGAGCAAACACGAGAAUUUAGGAAAUUGGAAGACGAGGCCAAGAUCGAAGCUUUCAAGCCUUUGCUCAAAGCUUACCAGGCCGAGAUCGACGCGCUCACCAAUCGUGCUAGGAAAGCCGAGAACGCCUUCUUGUCCGUGGCUGACAGGCUCAAAGGCGCACCUGAUCCUCAUCCCUGGCUCGAACUGAUUCUAGAGCAGACGGCGUCUCUGCAAGACUUGCAGACCCUCAAGUCUCAAGUCGAGACACUCACAGCCGAAAACGAGCAAUUGAGAAGCAAAGCAUCCGUAGUGUCGUCUCUUGAAGCGGACCGAGCGCGCUUGUCAGAGAGGCUCGCAGAGGUGGAGAAGACGUCAAAGACGCGUGCAGCAGAGCAGUCCGCAGCGAUCCAGGCAAAUUUGUCUGCGCGGUGGGAAGAGCGGGUAUCGAACCUGACGACUCGAGAAAGCGAUCUUUCUAGAGCGCUGGAAGUGGCACAAAGUCAGCUCAAGGAGCUUCGAGCUGCUCACGCGGAAGCGACCGAGCGUCGCGUAGAUGCAUCGGACAAGUCUUCCAAGGUGGAGGAGUUGGAGAUCGCCAUGGCGCAGGAGGAUGCGCGGAGAGCCAACGAGAGAUCGGUAGAGCUAGAGAGGCGCAACGAUCGCUUGAGGGAAGAACUUGAAGCUUUGCGUCUGUCUAGAGGCGAUGAAGAGCGCCGAGCAGACUGGGAAAGCAGGCUUCAAAGCAUCCGUGAUGAGGCAGCGAGGCUCGAAGCUGCACUUGAAAACGAGACCAAGAGAGCCGAGCGCUCGGUGGAGGAAGAGAGGCGCAAAUCGGAGGAGAAAUCAAAGGCGCUUGCUGAGAAGGUCAAGGAGGUUGAUGGACUUCGCAGGAAGCUGGAUUCCAUGGCCGAUUAUGAAGAGAUCAAACGAGAGCUGGACAUUGUCAAGUACGUCGAAUUUGCCAGCGACGAGGCAGGAGAUGCAAACGAUGAGGAACACGCAGAUUCAUACGAGAUCGAUCCUACCAAUGCAGAGCCUGCUGCUGCAGAUUCUCUGCGUGCACCAGGGGCUAAGCCGCUCGAAGCGCUACUUCUCGCCAAGAAUCGCAAAUUGUCCGACCAAAUCACUACUCUCCGAGUGCAGCAAACAAAGUAUGAGGCCAUAUCUGUAGAGCUGGACAGCUCUCGCAGCGAAUUGGAGAGAUUAAAGGCGCUGAAUCGGAGAUUAGAGGAUGACUUGGUCAACGUCAAUAUGAGUCGAACUAGCAACACGGCGCAGAAACCGGUCACAGCGAACGACGAAGGGUCAACAUCGACAGUGCAGGACAAGACGAUUCCUUUCGAUGCGAGCAGCAGUGCUGCUGCACAACCUAGCGCUAGCCUUCUGCCCAUCAUCACUAGCCAGAGAGAUCGUUUCAGAGCAAGAAACGCGGAGCUCGAAGAAGAACUGCGGCGCACGUUCGAGUCACUGAGCGAAGUGCGCAACGAGGUCAAGCAGCUUCAAGCCGAUAAUUUGGGUCUUUAUGAAAAGGUCAGGUACUUGCAAGCCUACUCUUCGACGACGACGGGUCAGAGCUCUCACGUCACACCCGCCGUGGCGAGCUUGCAGCGGAGGGACGAACCGGCCGACAAGUAUAAAGCGAGGUACGAAGCCAACGUAGCCAAUCCUUUUCAAGCUUUUAGAGGGAGAGAGGGUCUGCGAGUGCUCAAUCCGUUCGAGAAAAUCUUGCAUCAGCUGCUCAGUACCCGGCGCACCCGAUUGCUGUUCAUGGUCUACUGUGCCCUCCUUCAUCUUCUCAUCUUUUCCAUCUUAGUAUUUGAGUAAUGACACAACGCGUCACAUGAGCGCAAUGACCUCUUCAGGAUGUGUCACGUAGCUCGAAGCCGCAAUUGCGAAUUGAUGGGUGGUAUCAA